AUGCCCAUCCAAGUCCGCCAGGGAACGCCGUCAGACUAUCCAGCCCGCGAACGCAUCUUCAAGGGCGCCUUCUCUGCUGGUUUACGUCCUCAUAUCUUUCCUAAUGGUGUCUCUGAGGCAGAUCUCAUCCACAAUUUCAGCGAAAAUCUUCAUGGUUACAGGACCAACCUGAGCACCUCGGACACUCAAGCAGGGCAACGCAUUUUCGUGGCCUAUGAUACAGAUACACCCGCCGAUCCAACCGACCUCUUGUUUCCAGAGGCUUGGGAACACAGAGCAGAGUACGAGUUGAGUGACGAAGAGAAGAAGGUUGCGAAGAAGGUUGUCGGUGUUGCGAUUUGGGGCUUACAGCCUNUUGCGCGCACGCAAGAGCAAAUUGACAAGGAAACUGCUGAGGAGCCUCCUCGUGGUCAUGCACCUGGCGCCAAUGGCACUUUACUGGAUGCCAUGGAUGCGGCCAUGACGGCAAGUAAGAAGAAGUACAUUGGCUUGGAGCCAUAUCUGUAUCUCAGAGUUCUGGCCAUUGAUCCUGCGUACCAGCGUAGAGGUGUCGGAUCUUUGCUUUUGGAUGAAGGUUUGAAGAUUGCGGAUCGCUGUGGCGUGCAGGCUUAUCUGGAAGCUACUAAGGUGGGAAGACCAUUGUAUGCCAGGUAUGGGUUUGAGGAUAGGGAGUACAUGGAUUUUGAUGUUGCAAAGUAUGCGCCGGCGGCGAAGGAUGAGCCGCGGCAUGAGUUCAUGGUUAUGGUUCGACCUGUUGGCGCAAAGAAGACUGAUGGAAAGGCCUAG